GGGUGACUCCAUUUUUGGCUCUCUGCAAGCGAGACUCCAAUUCAUUCUGCUCCCAUUUCACGCUUUAUAUAAUUCUAAUACAAAAAAUUCUCUUUCAGUUACAAAGAAACUUCAACAACGAUUGAUUGACCGCACAAUUAGUAACAGAAGACGUUCAAAGCAUUAUAUAAUUGAUAAACCAAAGGAUGUCUUCGCCGAGCAAGAGAAGAGACAUGGAUGUAAUGAAAUUGAUGAUGAGUGACUAUACUGUGGAGCCAAUCAAUGAUGGGAUUAAUGAAUUCAAUGUCAAAUUCCAUGGCCCUAAAAGAAGUCUUUAUGAAGGCGGUGUUUGGAAAAUCCAUGUCGAACUACCAGAUGCUUACCCAUACAAAUCUCCCUCCGUUGGCUUUCUUAAUAAAAUUUACCACCCUAAUGUGGAUGAGAUGUCUGGUUCUGUAUGCUUGGAUGUCAUCAACCAAUCAUGGAAUCCAAUGUUUGAUCUUUUCAACAUAUUUGAGGAUUUCCUUCCACAGUUGCUGCUUUAUCCAAAUCCUUCAGACCCGCUAAAUAGUGAUGCAGGAUCAUUGAUGAUAAAAGAUAAGAAGCUGUAUGAAGAAAAAGUGAAAGAGUACUGUGAACGUUAUGCAAAAAAGGAAAAUAUUUCCAAGACUAUUUCAGAAGAGCGCAAUGACAUCAGCCAUGAAGAUAUUAGUGAUGGAGGAAGCACACCAAGUGACGACAAUGUUGCUGGUGAAGCAGAUUCCUGAAGCUCUUUCCAUCAAAUUUAGUGUAGGCAGUCUUUUCAUACUUUAAACAUCCAUUUAAAUAUUCUUUCUUUUUUAGUUGCUAGUCGGUCAUCCAUUUGAAUGUUUGUAAAUUGAUGAAGAAUUAGUUAGGAUCAAGUACAUGAUACCUUGCAUGUGUAAACAAAAUGGUAUUUAGCAUGGGAAAUUGGAUAUAGUGAAAAUUUGAAAAAAAAAAAAAUAGAACAAGGAGAUCAAAUAAAUACAGUGGAAUAUUUUGUA